GCUUCGAUCUCAAUAAUGGUACAGGGCGUACCUCCCGCGCACGAACUCAUCGUUGUGCCAUCCGAGGGCGAGGAGCGCGAACGCCUCCGGCAACAGUGCUACGACGUCCGCAUCGCCGUAUUCAUCGAUGAGCAAGGUUUUUCCAUAGACGACGAGAUCGACAAAUACGACGAAACGGGCACUCACAUCCUCCUCCGGCUCACCGCGCCGGGGGACCUCAACCUUAAACCCGUCGGGACGAUACGCUGCGUCCGGCUCCCGGAUCACGACCACCGCUCCGGCGGGGACUACUACUGGAAGCUGAGCAGGCUCGCGCUUCUGAAAGAAUGCCGCAAGUGGGGCUGGGGCGCCGAGCUCGUGAACGCGCUGCACGACCACGUCCGCGCCGACGCGCGCGCGCUCGCGUCCGGCUCCGGUCACGCCAUGAGCCAAGCCACGGUCGUCUGCCACUCGCAGAUCCCCGUCAAACGGUUCUACGAGAGGUUCGGUUACAAACCAGAGGGUGACGAAUUCGACGAGGACGGCGCACCGCAUCAGCGCAUGGUCCUGCGUUUGGACCUGACGGACCCGCUUAGCGGCACGCCACCGGCCUCUAGCUCAUAAAGAUCCAGGGUGGUUUCAUGCGCAUGGACGGAUACACGGCGGUCUCGGACAGGCGAUCCUACCGGAACACCCAAUCUUCACGGCAUAAUUAACGAGCCCACUGUCGAGAUAAGGUUGGAUACCGUAUGCGAACGGUCCGAUCUUGGCGCGCCCAAAUCGUAUAUAGCACCGGAUCGUAAUGUUGGUUCCGCAAACAUACUACAUGCGAUCACCAUGCUAGAUUAGGACUGAGUAAAGUGAAACAAGUACGCAUGUCAAAUGGGCACCGCAGAUUGCUGGGCCAGGCAUAUCUGUCCAUUGGCCUAGACGAGGAGAGGUACUAUACAUUUCCACAUAUACAAGGGGGUGUGGUGACGUGUGAACACGAGCGUCUAUGCCAAUUCCACGAUAGAGAUACAUUCGGUAUA